UCCCAUUAUCAUCCAUAGUCCGUCCAUUAAAUGAAAGUUUUAGAAGUAAUGUAGUGGUGAUUGUGAAGCGAGUGAAAGCAAUUAGGGUAUAUUAAAUCUUGAAAGAAGGUGGAUCGGGCAGAGACCCGACCAGAGCGGUAAAACAAACCUUGCACGUCUCUCUCUCUCUCUCUCUCUCUCCUCACAGCGGACAGGGGAGAGAGGGGCUCUUCCUCCUCACUCACUCCGCAUCUUUCAAUCUCCUAUUUUCGAUUCUCUUCAUUCUCCUUCCACUUCCACACACAGUGAACUGGCAAUUCUUUGAAGUUUCAAGACUCUUGUUUCAAAUCUUCCUCUUGCCCCUCCUGAUUUUGCAGGAACAAUGGGGAAAAAAGUGAAUAGGAAAACUCGAAGUGCUGUUAAAGAGAAGGUGGUUGCUAUUGGUUCGUCGCCAAAAAAUAUUACGGAAUCGUGCAACCCAGCAAUUGAGGCUGUUGAUGAGGGGGCUUCAGUUGCAAAAGAGACAAUUUCUUGCCCUCAUCUUGUUAAAGGUGUUAAUUUAGAUAAAUUGUCUGAUAAGAUUAAGUCUUCUGGAUCCAUAAGGUGUGAAGAUUGUAGACAAGGGGCGGUUGAUAGGAGGGGUGGAAGAGGAAAAGGUAAACAUGGGAAGAAGAAAGGCAGUGCAUCAUUAGACUCAAAAUCUGAUUUGAAGUCUAUAUGGGUCUGCUUGGAGUGUGGUCAACAUACCUGUGGAGGUGUAGGGUUACCAACGACCCCUCAUUGUCAUGCAGUUGGGCAUGCGAGGAAAACUCGACACCCAUUAGUGGUUCAUUUUGAAAAACCUCAACUGUGUUGGUGCUUUCCUUGCAAUAUGCUUAUCCAAGUUGAUAAAAUUGAAAAAACUGAUGAAGCAAGUCAUUCUAUAUCUGAUGUUGUGAAAUUGUUUAAAGGACGAUCAUCAGAAAAAUCGUCAGUGGAUAUUGAGGAUGUUUCCAUUGGGGAUGGCAGUGUUACUUCAGAAAUUAAGUCAAAAUCUUCGAUCACAAGUGAUUCAUAUGGACAAGGUUGUUAUGUAGUUCGGGGCAUGGUUAAUCUUGGGAAUACAUGUUUCUUUAAUUCAAUUAUGCAAAAUCUGCUUGCUAUGAAUAAAUUGCGGGACAAUUUUCUAGAGCUAGAUGCUCCUGUUGGGCCACUGAUUAGUUCGUUGAAGAAGUUGUUCACUGAAACUAACCCAGAAUUAGGAUUCAAAAACACUAUAAAUCCAAGAUCCUUUUUUGGUUCUGUAUGUACUAAGUCUCCCCAAUUUCGAGGAUAUCAACAACAUGACAGUCACGAAUUACUCCGUUGUUUACUGGAUGGGUUGAGUACUGAAGAACUAGCUGGAAGGAAGCAGAAUGGUUCUCUCAAGACAGAUAGGGCCUCUUCCAAUACUUUAGUUGAUGCUUUAUUUGGGGGUCAGAUAUCUAGUACUGUGUGUUGCAAUGAAUGUGGGCACUCCUCAACAGUGUAUGAGCCAUUUUUAGAUCUUUCCCUCCCUGUUCCAAAUAAGAAACCUCCACCUCGGAAGGCUCAACAAGUAUCCCGAACCAAAAAGACAAAACUUCCACCAAAGAAAGGGGGAAAGUCUCGAGUCAAAGUUAGCAAGGAUGCUGAUCUCUUACCUGUUAAAAAUGUACCAAGCCAAUCUUCCAGCCAUGAAUCAUCCUGCCCUGAUCAGUCUGUCAUAUCAAAUGCUGAAGAAAUGGUGGCUUCUUCUGGUGAUUCUACAGUAUUAGGUUCUGAAGAAAUAAGCAGUGUGGCCAAUAAAGAGGACUUAUUGCCACCUAAUUUGGUUACUGUUGGAGAGUCUCAACAAAUGCAAGUGCUUGACAAUGAUGCAAAUAAAACGUCAGAAUUAUCAGAUGAUUUUGUAUGGUUGGAUUAUGUGGAAGCUGAAACCACAAAUGAUGAUUAUGCUUCCAUUUCCCAGAAGGAGGAUGAACCAGAUGCACAAGACACUGAGAACAAGGAUGAAAGCAUGAAUGUGUUACCUGAACAAGCUAGUUGUGAAACCAGUGGUCCUGUUUGUUUUCUUCAGGAGGAUCAAAACCUAAAACCCGAUUUUUCUUCAGCGAAUGGCUGGGAAGAUGAGGUUCCUUUACAAGUUCAAAAUUCAGAAGUGCUGUUACUUCCAUACAAAGAAGAAAGUUCCUCAGCCGGGGACAACAUUGGAAGAGAUGAGGACUCCUCAUCUGUUUUGGGUGGUGGUCCAGAAGAAGCAGAGUUUGACGGCUUUGGUGGCUUAUUUAAUGAGCCUGAAGUUGUUGCUGGGCCUGCUCCCAGACCUUCUUCAUCUGGUGAUGUGGAAGCUGGCAUUAUCACUAGAAACAACAGUGAGUCUGAUCCAGAUGAAGUAGAUGAUACAGAUUCUCCAGUCUCUGUAGAAAGUUGCUUGGCACAUUUUAUAAAACCCGAGCUUCUUUCAGAUGAAAAUGCUUGGCAUUGUGAGAACUGUUCAAAAAUCCUCCAACGUCAAAAGAAGGAAGUGAAAGAGAAGACAAGAACUGUAUCCAAUGGAAAUGAAACUGGUAGUCACGAGGAAUCAUCACAUGCAUCUAACUCGUGUUCUUUUAAAGUCAGUAGCACAGAAAAUGGAGAUUUUCAAAAUGAAAACAAUGUAGAAGGUUCAGUUUCACAUGUUCAACAUGGCACAGAGCUUGAAAACAGUCAAUCAGAUGAGCUGAAACUGAACAAGUCUUCUUGUUCUCAUAAAGCUUGCAAUGAAGAAAGCUGUAAUAAUUCAGCUGCCACUGAUUCUUGGAAUACUGGAAAUGUCCAACAAGAUGCUCCAGUAUUAGGUAAUGAUAACAACGACGCAGAAGAAUGCAGCGAGAACGAGGCCGACUUAGAUAGUAUGAAAGUGAAGAGGGAUGCAACUAAGAAGGUCCUCAUUUACAAAGCUCCGCCUGUCUUGACCAUUCAUCUGAAGAGAUUCAGCCAAGAUGCUCGUGGCCGCUUAAGUAAGUUAAACGGUCAUGUCACCUUCAGAGAAACAAUGGAUCUUAGACCGUAUAUUGAUCCCAGGUGUAUAAAUGAAGAGAAGUAUGAAUACAACUUGGUUGGUCUAGUGGAGCACUCAGGAACCAUGAGAGGGGGUCACUAUGUUGCCUAUGUGAGAGGGGGCCUGAGGAACAGAGGGAAGGUUGAUAAUAAAGAAUGUGAGACUUCCACAUGGUAUCAUGCGAGUGAUGCAUAUGUGCGUGAAGUUUCUCUUGAUGAAGUUCUUCGCUGUGAGGCAUACAUUUUGUUCUAUGAAAGAAAUUGAGUGAACCAUCUACUUUUUAGGUAUUUAUUUAUAUUUGAGUUAGAUAUAAAGGUUUACUAAAUUUAGAAGAGAGAGAUACAUCAUUGCAGGUGAGUUUAAAGCAAUUGCCACAUAUUGUAUACCAUUUUUCCAACAUGUAACGAGGUAUUGAAUGUACAAUGCGGUGUCAUACAAUCAAAUGUCAAAUUUUCAUCCUUACAAUCUUUUGUGGCCAAAGCCCACUUUGCUGUUGUGCUUUGUUUAAAUUUGUGGGACAGGAUUGUCCAUUAUGCACUCAGUUCAGUUUGAUUGUAAAUGUUACAAAAUUCCUGACCUUUCAAAAAAUGUUACAACAUUUGUGUUAUGGAUAUUUUCAUUAUUUUUC